AAUGAUUGUGAAGUGGCAUGUCCUGUCAGAUUGUGACUACAAAGUCGUGAUUUAAAUAGAGAAAUACUACAAGAAUUUUCAAUCGAAGGCGUUAAUGAUAUCUGUUUACUACCUGUCAUGUGCACUUGGACCUUUAAAUAACAUGACAAGAUGAUCGUUUGAAAAUUUUUGAAGUGGCAGACGUAAGGUUGCGAAUAGAAAAUGGCAGAGCAAAAACCAAAGCAAGGUGCAAAACCACCCACGGCACCAAAACCGAGGGCAUCGGCAGCUUCAGGCAUGUCGGGGAUGCCUUCGAUGAUCAACGAUGAAGGCCUAGACAGACUCAUGGAGCGCUUUGGCAACCCGUCAAUGAAUUUUGGUCCUGGCAGCGCAGCUUGGAAAAGUAAAUUUGAUCAAAUGGGUGGUAUGAGUAGCGCUGGUACUGGCAGUGGUACAGGGCAGCAGCAGACUGUCGUCACACACACGCGAGUCACGACGGGGACGGGGACCACUGAGACAAAAAUUACCCGGACGUCCUCCAGGGAGAUGAAGACAAUGUCACAAUUCCGCUCAUUUGACCAAAGUAAUAGAAAUGUGGUUUCUACAGAUGGGUGCGGGAUCCCGGAUUCUAUCCGUUCUUUGGGUAGCCUUGGUAUGGAAGGUGGGAGCGCGUUUUCUCAUCAGCCUAGUGUCAAACAUUCAUUCGGGAGUCUGAAAAGACGAUUCGAAAAUUUGGAUUUGGAAAGAAGGAGCAGUGAACCGGUGUUCCCUGAGGGGUUGACUCAGCAAGAAAACCUAGUCCAGAAGCUCUCCAGUGGAUCUGGUACCACUGAGUUGCAUGUUAGUGCUAAUGAUGUGGCAAGUGAACAAAGCAGUGAUUUUACAAAAAGACCUGCCUCAAAUACCUAUCAAAUUAACAUGAAAGCUGGUACAACUGUCAAUAUGAACAGUUCUGUGGAUAAAUCUAGCACCUCUCCAAGAGCUCAGCGUGGUGUAUUGAAAACUGAUCAGAAUGGUCGCCCUGGUUCGCCUAAGUUGUCUUUAUUAGGAAGUAAAGGUGUGAGACAGAUACCUGUUAAUGUUGUAACCUCUGACGCUGUUGGUCCUAAAACUUCUGCUCAACAACCCAAAAUGAAAGUGACGAGAUCGACUUCUGAGAACCCACCAAGUAAUAAAAAAGCUGCUGUGAAAAGACCAGAGCCAAAACCACGAACAACUGCUCCACGUACAACCACACCACCUCGUACAAACACCCCACCACGCACAACCACACCACCUCGUAAAAACACUCCACCAAGCCAGUCUCACCAAAUAAAGGUUAUUCGUGUUCAAACAGACCCCAAGGAAAUUCCAUUAGUUGACUCACAAAAGCAGAAUGCAAACAAACCAGAGAGUCUUUUGGAAAAAUAUAAAAACGUCAAGGCUGCUGCGGAUUCGGCACCGCCGAAACAAGUCGUAGAUAUACCGAUUCGUAUCGCUAAGGUGGAAUCGGAGGCCAGUGGGUCAGGAAGUGAUUACGAGGAUGUCAUGAUUCCUCCGCAGAAUCGAAGUUCCGAUAAAAAUGCUCAAAAAAGUCCCGGCUUGCACAUCCGCGCUGAUCGACUCGUGCGUGCUCCUUGCAGUGAUACUGACUCAUCUUAUUCGAAAGAGAGCCAUGUGCAAAAUACUAGCGAGGAUUCUGAUUCGGGAGAUGAUUAUGACGAAGUUUAUGUCAGCGAUGGCCGGUUAAGAUUUCUCACAGAGCCCGUCGAUAGACGGAUGCAGUUCAUUCAGAAAUUGGACGCAGAGAAUAAUAAUUUCCACGAUGUUCCAAUCGAGUAUAUGGAUGCGGGUUCAGGGGUCGUUGAUGACGAAUCAGAUUCUGAUGAAGGUUACGAGAUGGUGGAUGAGUUCUUGGGCAGGAAGUCUCAUUUGGCAGUUGAGGAAGUUUCCAACAGAAGAGGAGCUAGCCAAGGGAAAUUAGGGCCUGGUCGACGGAAUCAGAAUAAGGCUCGCUAUCAGACGGAUCCCGGUUUGAAAUCCGGCUUUGCUGUCUACAGCAAAGAGGAAGCCGUCUCGGACCCUGAUGAAGAGUUUUACGAUGACGUGACUAGCAAAGAUCAGGACGACCAUUACGAACCUGUUGGCCAGCCGUAUACGCAACCAGAGGGUGAUGACGACAAAUCUCACCAGGCAAACGCUGUGAAACAAUUUGGUAGGAAGGCCGCAGGUCAUAUUCAUGCGUUCAAGAAAAAAUUUGCAACGCGACUUUUCAGUAAAGGAUUAGAGGACGAAGACCUAAAGUCGAAUAGCAUUGACCCACUUGAGGGUCAAGAGAAGGGGAGGAGUUUGUCUCAACCUGACCCAACAUUGGAGGCUUCUUUGAGUUCUAAGUCGGAUACAACCCUUGAUUCCGAGUUAGAUACGAAUCAGAAAGUGCGUUCUUUGAGUGACAUUCACACGCCAAGGUUUGGGGUGUUUCCCGAGGGUGAUCCCCCUGACAGGCCUCCUCCGAGGUUAAAGAGGAAUACUGCUGAUCUCAACGCUGUAGUUCCACCUCCUAAUAUUUCCUUAGGUCCCAGUUUUCCAGACGGGUAUUUGGGCAACCCUCAAUUCUCGCAUUCCCUUGAAAAUCUUGUGUCGGGCUUCCCAAAAAUGGACCUCAACGCCAGACCACCGGCAGCUCUCCCACGAGAUGCGACCUCAUCCUCGUCAGUUUCCACGACAACCAAAUCAUCAAGUAGUCACACAAGUUAUUCAUGGACCAAUGAAAACGGGGUAUCAAAUAGUACGACUACUACGAGUAGCAAUAUAGAAGAGAGCGUGGAAAUAAUGAACAGGCUGAAUGUAUCGCCGUGUUUAGCUCGGCGAAAUAAGGAGUCGAAAACAGGUUCUUUUGAUCGUCGGCGAUCAAGGGCUAUGAUUAAACGUGAAAGUCGUAGCAGCCACAGUACUAACGCGGGAAAGACUGUCACCAAAGUGAAGAAACAAGACGAUUAUCUCCACAUGAGUCGAACAGAAUCGAAGGUGCUCGGUGACGACAGUAGUAGCGAUGACAUGGAUUACAUCGACGCAGGAAGUGAAGAGGAUAGAUUAAAAGCAUUACAACUGAGUAUGCAGAAGUCUGGAGCCAAAGUUGAAAUCCACGGGGAAUCAAGCUCAAGUUAUCUUGAACUGCUUGAUAACAAUGUGAUAACCCAGCUGAAGCGUGUGAAUCGCUUCCAGUCACGAUUCGGCGGUGAUGAAGCGCCGUUGUAUCAAAUUUACCACAAGAAGAUGUGCGUUGCUGCAAUCAGGGAAGAUGAGGGGGCGGACAGUGACGAUGAGGACAACAUAUACACCACCUUUUCCGGCCCAUCAUCACCUGCUGCAAUCGAGGCACCCCCGACAUCGCCGCGGUGUGACUCUCCGGCACCAGACGCAGAGAACCAAGCCAUUGAUUAUACAACCCCAAGUGUACAGACAUUUGAUUUGAAGACGUCAUCGUCUGGUGCUGUCAGGUCCUUGUGGUGUGAAAUGCCAGAGGUGAAACAGAGCGGUGUGCUAAACAGAUUAACUCCACAAGAACGGAAACUGCAGGAGACAUUAUUUGAGAUUAUCACCUCUGAAGCUUCCUAUCAAAAAAGUCUUCUUGUCCUCGUGAAUAAUUUCUUAUUGGACCCGAUGUUUUCCGUGGAUCCUAAGAAGUGUGCGAUCAACAAGCGGGACAAGCAUUUCAUCUUUUCAAACGUUGUGGCCGUUAUGGAGAGUAGCGAAAAUUUAUUACGAGAUUUAGAAGCCCGAUGGCAGAAGAGCUGUGUAUUGGAUGACAUCUGUGAUGUGGUCGGUGAUCACGCUUCGAAAAACUUUGACGUUUACGUCAGGUAUUGCUCCAAUCAGAUGUACCAGUCGAGGACGUUAACAAAGCUUCUAGUAGAAAACAAGGAAUUCCGUGAAGCACUGCACUCCCUUGAGAAGAACCCAGCAUGUCAGGGCCUACCCAUGAAGUCUUUCCUCCUACUACCCAUGCAGAGAAUCACGCGGCUUCCACUGCUCAUCGAUGCUGUGUGUCAUCGGUGUGAGGUUGAAAAAGACAAGACGAUUUAUCCAUCAGCAAAGAGAGCUUUAGAAGUUAUCCAAGGGGUUGUAUCGAAGUGUAACGAAGGUGCUCGCAAUAUGGAAAGAAUGGAACAGAUGGUGGAGAUUGAAAGAUCGCUCAAAUUUAAAGUCAAGAAAUGUCCACUGAUAUCAGCGUCUCGGUACCUGGUAAAGAAAGGCGAGUUGUUACGCAUUUCGUCCGAGACGACAUCGACACUCAAACGUAUGGUGAAGGCUAAGGCCUCAAAGACACCUAUCUGGCUUUUCCUCUUUAAUGAUCUCCUCAUGUUAACAAAGAAAAAAGGGUUUAUGCUCAGAGAACAGUAUGGUGUGUUUGACUAUUGCUCAAGAAUCAACAUCAGUGUUGAGUUGGUGGAGGAGCCGGAGCAUGACCCGAGGGUGCCAGAGAAUCUGUCCAGCACCGUCAAGAACCUCUUCAUCCUCGCCCUGCUGGAGAACCACUGCGGCAAACAAGUCGAGCUCAUCUUAUCAGCGGAGUCAACGUCUGACCGUGCCCGGUGGAUAGAGGUAUUAUCACCUGCCAAGGAGGAAAGUAAAGAUGAGAAGGUUUACGAGUCGUGGGAUUGUCCUCAGGUUCAAGCCGUCUUCCAAUACGAGGCUAAGCAGCCUGAUGAACUCACGCUCGACGAGUCGGACGUCGUGAAUGUGAUACGAAAGAUGGGUGACGGCUGGUUUGAAGGUGAGCGAAUCCGUGACGGACAGAAGGGCUGGUUCCCGUCCAAUCACACGAUGGAGAUAAUGAACGCACACGUGAGAGCAAAGAACUUGAAACAGCGCUACAGGCUCAUGGUGUUGUCACAACAGGCGGUCGUGGAAGGGAAAGGGAGUAAUGUUAAAGUGCAGACGUCGCAGCAGAAGCACAUGAUUUGAGGGAGAGAUACGUAUUUUCAGGAUUUUCAGACUUAUGAGGCAUUGCAGUUAUUUCUCCACCCUUGCUUAGUAUCAUUGGACAUUUCUAAGUGUUAAGACUACAUGAAUGUCAUCAUAAUUGGUUGGCAACAUUCAUAUAUCAUUUAUGAAGAUGAGCCUCUGGAAAGAAUCGUUUUGUCACUGACGUAUCAUUAUGGAGUGAACCACUUCAUAACAAUUUGGAGCGGGGUGGCAUACUAAUGCAGGUGUUCCACUCUCUAUCCAAGUGUCUGUCUCAUCAUCAACAGAAAUGUUCUAAUACUUCUAAUAUUAAGGUACGUUUGUGGUGUAUGUUAUCUCCACCCAAGUAUCAGUUGAACUCCUGUGAGUAAUUAACACAGUAAUUAGGCCUAGUUUACAGAACAUCCAAUGGUGCUCUUAAAUGUCCCAUCUUUGUUUAGAAUUGACUGUAGAUACUCUGUGAAACCCGGUAAUACCCUCAUGUGCCGCCAAGACGAAAGAAAAGGAUUCUUCAGUACACUAAUAACUUUGAAUGAAUGAACAUUACUGUAAAAAAUGUAAAAAUGUAAAGAAUGAAUGUAACCACAGAUAUGGAUGUCUAGAUUAAUGUUGUGUUAAUGUUAAAAUAUUUCUUUGCUAGCCUCACCAAAACGAUCCAAGCCCUGAUGUAGCAAUUUUUGGUAGUUGUCGCGGCAUCUCGCAUGCACAAUUUUUCGAUACACCGUAACUUGCAAAUGUUGGGACUUUUCCUCUUGUGUAAAAAAGAAUUUAAGUUUAAGUUUUGAACCCUUUAAAAUUUGUCCAAAUGUCUGUGUAUCUUUAAUGUAAGUGCUUUAAAAUGCUAGCAAAUAUUGACUUCUUUCGAAUACUCAAUUUAGAUGGACCUUCGGAACCGAAUUGUCUUGUAAUUAUGUUUUUAAUGAUGGUGCACUCAAAAUAUUUCUUAUUAUUUAUCAUGAAUGGAAUAAGUGUCAAUAUUUUGAUUCAUUUACAACCUGAUAACAAUCAUGUGCGGUCUGUACUUUACUGGUUAGCCUUGGGUAAGCUCACAACUGAACCUUUUAACACGCCCACUUCCCAGAAUGGACUUAUCAAUACCUGACUUGCCAAACUCAGCUCGACGCCGAACUGCAGCGCCACUCGCGGACAAAGAUAAAACAACUCGACAUUUUUUUCACCGGUUUUCUCGCUGCGCAUGCGUACCAGCGUCAUCUUUUGUUGAUUUCCGCUGGUACGCAUGCGCAGCGAGAAACCGGUGAA